UACCUUUAAUACUUUGUUUAUUUCCAUAUAUACCCUUCAUCGUCCCUCAAAUUCGAUCUCUCUCCCCCUCUGCUUCACCAAUAAAUACGGAGAGAGAGAGAGAGAGAGUUUUUGAGAUCAUCGUCGUCGUCACUCGUCACCAUGCCUUCCGAGUUAACUCAGGAAGAACGAUCCGAACUCACCCAAUCCAUCUCCGAGUUUCACACUUACCACCUCGGUCCCGGAAGCUGCUCCUCGCUCCACGCGCAGAGAAUCCACGCGCCGCCGGAGAUCGUCUGGUCAGUCGUCCGUCAAUUCGACAAACCGCAGACCUACAAGCACUUCAUCAAGUCCUGCUCCGUCGAAAAAGCAUUCGAGAUGCGCGUCGGGUGCACGCGCGACGUGAUCGUGAUCAGCGGGUUGCCGGCGAACACGUCGACGGAGAGGCUCGACGUGCUCGACGACGAGAGGCGAGUGACGGGGUUCAGCAUCAUCGGAGGCGAGCACAGGCUGAGGAAUUACAAGUCGGUGACGACGGUGCACAGGUUCGAGAAGGAGAAGCGGAUAUGGACGGUGGUUCUUGAGUCGUACGUUGUGGAUAUGCCGGAAGGGAACUCGGAAGAGGAUACGCGUAUGUUUGCUGAUACUGUCGUUAAACUCAAUCUGCAGAAACUCGCGACGGUCACUGAAGCUAUGGCUCGUAACGCCGGCGGCGGGAAAUAACAUUCACAUAUGAUAUACUUGUUUAUUCAGAAGACAAAAUAACAAUUUUAUUUAAAAACUAUAUAUUACGAAAAUUUAUCUAUGUUUCGGAAUUUUAAGUUUUGAGGAAAAAUAAAAUAUACUAUUAAA